AUGGAAGAGGAAUAUUCAUGGGAUAGUUACCUGAAUGAUCGACUUUUGGCAACAAACCAAGUGUCGGCUGCGGGGUUGGCAUCGGAGGAAGAUGGAGUUGUAUAUGCCUGUGUCGCUCAAGCCGAUGAGAAUGACCCAAACUUUGACAAAUGGACUCUAUUUUAUAAGGAAGAUUUCGAAAUAGAAGUGGAGGAUGAGAAUGGAAACAAAAGCAAGAAAACGAUUAACGAAGGGCAAACUCUGUUGACAGUUUUUAAGGAGGGAUAUGCACCCGAUGGAGUGUGGCUGGGAGGGACUAAGUAUCAGUUUAUAAAUAUCGAAAGGGAUUUGGAAUUCGAGGGAUAUACAUUUGAUGUUGCUACAUGCGCCAAGCUGAAAGGAGGGUUACACUUGAUUAAAGUACCUGGUGGAAAUAUUCUGGUUGUGUUAUAUGACGAGGAGAAGGAGCACGAUCGAGGAAAUUCUAAAAUUGCUGCUUUGACCUUUUCAAAGGAAUUGGCGGAAAGUGGUGGUCAAUAG